GCUCAGACCGAGACCCAGAGAAAUGUAAACAAACACACGAGCCAGACUUGAUAUAGGGGUGAAUUUGUUGCUUUUUAGAGGGGGCAAUGGGUCUGUACAUGCGUGAGGUGGUGAGGGGCGUGGCCAGGGGGCGGCUAGCAGCGUGUGCCACCAGGGAAAUGUGUACGAACAUAAAGAAGACGCCUGUCAAGAAAGACCUCUCGGAGCCAAUGGCCGCUGCGUACAAGCCAGGGGAGGUGGAGCGAGGCUGGUACUGCUGGUGGGAGGAUCGCGGCUUUUUCCGACGAACUGACGCCGAGGAGGAUUUUGUGAUGGCUUUCCCUCCCCCAAACGUGACUGGCUCCCUCCACCUGGGCCAUGCUCUCACCUGCUCUAUCCAAGAUGCUAUUGCUCGAUGGCAGCAGAUGCAGGGUCGUCAGGUAGUGUUCAUCCCGGGGGCAGACCACGCUGGGAUAGCAACACAGGUGGUGGUGGAGAGGCACCUGUGGGACACCCAGGGGAAGACCAAACAUGACCUUGGCAGACAGAAGUUUGUUGAUGAAGUGUGGAAGUGGAAAGAGGAGAAAGGAACGAUGAUAUUCGACCAACUGCGGCGUCUGGGGGCUUCACUCGACUGGGACAGAGCUGUGUUUACCAUGGAUGUGCACAUGAACGAGGCAGUGACGGAAGCAUUUGUCCGUCUGUAUGAUGCUGGGCUGGUGUAUCGCAAAGAGGCUCUAGUCAACUGGUGCUGCAGCCUUCAGUCGGCCAUCUCGGACAUUGAAGUGGACCACCUGCACCUGACGGGACCCACUGAGCUCACAGUCCCGGGCUACAGCAAACCGGUCACCUUCGGAAAGAUGUAUGACUUCGCUUACAGACUUGCAGACUCAGAGGAGGAGGUCAUCGUCAGCACCACACGUCCUGAGACAAUGCUCGGGGACACUGCUGUCAUGGUGCACCCUGAGGACCCCCGCUACACUCACUUGCACACCCGACGCCUUCUUCACCCACUGCGGCGGGAGACCAUACCUGUGAUUACUGACCCUGUGGUGGAUCCUGAGUUUGGAACAGGUGCAGUAAAGGUCACGCCAGGUCACAGCCACGAGGACUGUCAGGUCGGGGAGAGACACAGCCUUCCGUUCCUCUCCAUUCUUGACAGCAGUGGAAAGAUCACCAAUAUUGUGCCAGAGUUUGAGGGUUUGCUGAGGUUUGAGGCGCGGGAGGCAGUGCUGUUGGCCCUGUCGGCACUGGGGCUGUACAGAGGGUGCCGCGCCCACCCCAUGAUGGUGCCUCGCUGCAGCAGGACACAGGAUGUCAUUGAGCCCUUGCUGAGGCCCCAGUGGUUCGUUCGGUGCAAGGAGUUGGCAAAGCAGGCAUCCGAGGCUGUGCAGAGCGGCCGUCUGAACCUGGUGCCACAGCUGCACAGGAGGGCAUGGCACAGCUGGCUGGACAACAUCACAGACUGGUGCGUCUCCCGGCAGCUCUGGUGGGGCCACAGAAUCCCAGUGUACCACAUCACUGCAGCAGAUGGCCGGGAGGUGUGGGUGGCGGCUGGCUCGGAGGAGGAUGCAAGGCGGAAGGCUGUGGAGAAGGAAGGUAUACCCUUGGCCUCCAUCAUCUCCACCCUGCAGGAGGAAGACGUCCUGGACACCUGGUUUUCCUCUGGCCUGUUUCCCUUUGCCUCGCUGGGCUGGCCGAGUCAGGGGAGGGGAGAGACCACGCCUGACCUUGCUCGCUUCUACCCGACGACCUUGGUGGAGACGGGUCACGACAUCCUCUUCUUCUGGGUGGCUCGGAUGGUCAUGCUGGGACUCAACCUGACGGGGAGGCUUCCCUUUGAGACUGUGCUGCUGCAUGGCCUCCUGUGUGAUGGCGGCGGCCACAAGAUGUCCAAGUCCCGGGGCAAUGUGAUAGACCCCCUGGAUGUCAUCAAUGGGGCGUCCCUGGAGGUACUGUGUGAGAGGGUGGAGGGGAGCCUGAAUGCAGAAGAGGUACUCACUGGUAUCAGGAGGAACUUCCCCACAGGCAUCCCAGAGUGUGGAGCGGAUGCCCUUCGGUUCACCCUGUGCUCCACCAACUUCAAGAACCAGCUGCUGAACAUUGACGUCACUCGCAUGGAACAGAACAAGUUUUUCGGCAACAAGAUCUGGCAGACUGUGAGGUUCCUGCUGUCGGCGCUGGACAAGGUGGCUGACUUGGGAGUGUCCCGUGCCUCGCCUGUACAGGAGUCACACAGACUGCAGCAACUUGGACUGAUGGAUCGGUGGAUAAUGAGUCACCUUGCGGCCUUGGUCACCACAGCAGACAACACCUUCAAGGCAUACGACCUCCAUGUGGUGACCAAAGCUUUCACCACCUUCUGGCAUAACCAACUGUGUGAUGUUUACCUGGAAAGCAUGAAGGCAGUUUUGAGAGAUGGCACAGAGGCAGAGAGAGACGCAGCCUUGCAAACACUGUGGACCUGCAUUGACACUGGGCUGCGGCUGGUGGCUCCCUUCAUGCCCUACCUGGCCGAGGAACUGUACCAGCGACUCCCAAGGCAGCAUGGGAGGCAGCAGAGUGUAAUGCAGUGUAGCUAUCCCCUGCCGAAGGAGUUUGAGGGUUUGAGGGACCUGAGGGUGGAGGAGGGAGUGGAGGCCCUGCUGGAAGUCGCCUCAGCUCUCCGUACCCUUAAGACAUCCUACGGCAUCUUCCACAACAGAGUUAACGGCACUGUGGUCAGCUCAGACGGGGUGCUGAGGAACAUACUGACAGACAACCUGCAGACGCUCACCACCCUGGGCCGCAUGAAGGAGGUGAAGGUGCAGGAAGGCAGCUCUCACUCUUCCUUCCACUCCGCCUGUGCUGUCUCCACCAUCUCCAGCGCCACCACUGUCUACCUCCACCUGCAGGGUGUGGUGGAUCCCAAGGUGGAGGUGGCAAGGCUGACCAAGAAACUGAUGAAGCUGGAGAGAGACGAGAGGAAGGUGGUGAAGAUGGUGACCUCCCCAGGAUACCUAGAAAGGUCACCACCACAUGUACAGCUGGCCCACCACACCAAGCUGAAGUCAAUCAGGACUGAAAUGGAGAAGGUGAGAGCUCUUAUACACAGCCUGGAGGACCUGUAGAAGACCUCAGCACACCACCUUGACUCAAUAGCACUUGAGGCUGCUACUGGAAGACUAGAGGUCCUGGAGGAGUGGUACAGGUCCUUGCUGGAAGACUAUAGAGGGUUCAGUGAAGGUACCAGUUGCCAGAUGGAAAACUGUCUUGAAAAUCCCUCUUGGCUGGUGAAUCUCUGUGGGAAUCAGACUGACUGGGAAUAACUCUAUCAGAUCAGAUGCCAUUGAUUCCUAAUCUGUAAGGUGAGCUAUGCAGGAGAAAUGCCCCCCAUGGAAAGACUUGUAGAUUGAGUGAUUGAAAUGUGCAGGACCUCCAGGUCACUUCAAUUUUGUGACUGUGGGAGAAAGUGAGGAGUAAGUGGAGGUGAACUAAGGUAGAGAAUGAUGAGGAAAAGGAAUUAGAGGAAAUAUGAGAUUAAAGGAAUUGGAGAUAGAUAACUAAAGCAAGAGAAAAAGAUGAGAGAGGAAUUAGAGAAGAAAACUGGAGGAAAUGAGAUAGAUAAAAACAAAAGAAAAGGAUGAGGUAGAGGAAUUAGAGAAAAGAAACUGGAGGAAAUGAGGUAGAACUGAUAGGUAAAGCAAAAGAAAAGGAUGAGAAAGGAAUUAGAAAAGGAAACAGGAGAAGUGGAGAUAGAUAAUUAGAAAAGAAAAGGAUGAGAAGGAAGAACUAGAUAACUAAAGCAAAAGAAAAGGAUGAAGAGGAAUUAGAAUUAAAACCAUAUCAGAUAAAGAGCACAUUUUGAGUACCUUAAUGAAAAGGAUUUGUAUCACCAGGUAGCUGCCAGGUACAGGAGGUGACUCAGGUAAGCUGGCUCAUUAACCACCACCUUGUAAAUAAGAUGAACUUUUUCCUGAAGCGUUUGUAAAUAGUAAUGUAAGUAUCGAUUGUUAUUGAUUUGAUAGUUUAUUCUUUUUUAUUUCCCUUUUAUAUUUAUUUAUACGAUUCUUGAAAGAGAUGCAAAGACUGCGGCACAGGUAACUGACGGGACUUAAUAAACACCUUGUAUAUA